CAUAUAAAUACCAUACGCAGGGUUAUGAGUCAGAGUUCGUAGUCUGAGAAACACCAACCAAUGAUUCCUAUAUGUCCAGUGGUCUCCUUCACCUAUGUGCCCAGCCGGCUAGGUGAAGAUGCUAAAAUGGCUACCGGCAACUACUUUGGAUUUACCCACGGUGCUGCUGCGCAGUACAGUCAGCAGCCGGGCGCGGUGGCCUACACCCACCCUACCACCGUGGCCAGCUACACAGUACACCAGGCACCGGUGGCGGCCCACUCCGUGGCAGCAGCCUACGCUCCCACUGCUGCCACGGUUGCUGUAGCCAGGCCCGCCCCAGUUGCCGUGGCAGCCGCAGCCACCGCCGCAGCCUAUGGCGGGUACCAGCCGGCGCACGCCACCGCAGACUACGGCUACGCACAACGCCAGCCGGACGUCCCGCCGCCCCCUCCCCCGGUCACCUCCCAGAACUACCAGGUGGGUUACCAGGACUCCUACUCCUACGUACGGUCCACGGCCCCGGCGGUGACCUACGACCCUAAGCAGUACUACCAGCAACCCGUAGCUAGCGCUGCGGUAGCCGUACAGCCCCAACCCACUGCCGAGUCCUACUACCAGGCCGCCUCCCUCAACACAUCCUGGGACGCCACGUGGAAGAAAACUCUACCAGCUUCUAAAACAGGCUACAGCCAGGCCAGUCUGACCCCCUACACCCAGACCCAGCAGACCAGGCAGGUGACGGCCAUCAAGCCUGCCGCGCCCUUCUCCAUCUACCCGGUCUCCUCCGCCGUUCAGCCCGUAGCCGCCGCCUCUGUGGUCCCCUCUUACUCCCAGAGCCCUACCUACUCCACCAACGCAGUCACGUACUCUGGCACCUCGUAUUCUGGCUAUGAAGCAGCGGUGUACUCGGCUGCCUCUACCUACUACCAGCAGCAGCAGCAGCAGCAGAAACAGGCUGUGGCGGCAGCUUCAGCAGCCUGGACAGGAAGCUCCUUCACCAAGAAACCUCCCUUCCAGAGCAAGCAGCUGAAACCCAAGCAGCCCCCCAAACCACCACAGAUCCACUACUGUGACGUCUGCAAGAUCAGCUGUGCUGGACCCCAGACCUACAAGGAACACCUGGAGGGUCAGAAGCACAAGAAGAAGGAGGUGGCCCUGAAGGCCUCCCAGAGCAGCAACAGCAGCAGUAGUGGAGGAAGCUCAGCCCGGGGGACUCAGAACCAGCUCCGCUGUGAGCUCUGUGACGUCUCCUGCACCGGGGCAGAUGCAUACGCUGCACACAUCAGAGGGGCCAAGCACCAGAAGGUGGUGAAGCUGCACACCAAGCUGGGGAAGCCCAUCCCCUCGACAGAACCCAGUGUGGUGACCCAGACCCCUACGUCGACCACGGCCGCCCCCUCCAAGACCCCUGCUUCCUCUUCCUCCACCCUCACAUCUAACUCUUCCUACCUGAAAUCGGUCAACAUUGUCAGCCAGGGUGGGGCUGGGAUAGGAAAGGGUCCAGCCGUCAACAGCCUAUCAGCAGCCACCACAGCCGUCAAGAAGGUCAACGCCCCCAAGAUCAACUUUGUUGGAGGAAGCAAGCUUCAGACUACUGGGAAAGUGACAGAGGAAGCCAAGGUGGAGGCAUCCAAACCUCCUCUGCCCUCAUUGGUCCCCCAGGUUCAGGUGUCCAAGAACGAGUCGUCUGAGUCCCUGUCUGCGUCCACCCUGGCUGCCCUGCAGAGUGAUGUGCAGCCUGUCGGGCAUGACUAUGUGGAAGAGGUGCGUAACGAUGAAGGCAAGGUGAUCCGUUUCCACUGUAAGCUGUGUGAAUGCAGCUUCAACGAUCCCAACGCCAAAGAGAUGCAUCUGAAGGGCAGGAGACACCGCCUGCAGUACAAGAAAAAGGUGAACCCGGAGCUGCAGGUGGAGGUGAAGCCCUCUAUCAGAGCCAGGAAAAUCCAGGAAGACAAGAUGAGGAAACAGAUGCAGAAGGAGGAGUACUGGAGGAGGAGAGAGGAGGAGGAGAGAUGGAGGAUGGAGAUGAGACGUUAUGAGGAGGACAUGUACUGGCGUUGUAUGGAGGAGCAGCACCACUGGGACGAGAGACGUGGGGGGCCCAGGAUGCCAGGGGACGGACCUUACCCCCAAGGGCCCCCUGGCCCACCUGGACUACUGGGGGUUCGGCCUGGCAUGCCCAUCUCUCAGCCACAAGGACCUGUGCCUCCCCGUCGCCCGGACUCGUCAGACGAUCGCUACGUGAUGACGAAGCACACGGCCAUCUACCCCUCCGAGGACGAGCUGCAGGCCGUCCAGAAGAUCGUCUCCGUCACAGAGAGAGCCCUCAAACUGGUCUCCGACAUCACCGAUCAGGAGAAGACUAACGAGACGACUGGGGAGGAGAAAGAGAAAGAGGAGGUCCCGAAGACUGCCCAAGACAGAGCUCUGAAGGGGGUGAUGCGGGUGGGGGUGCUGGCUAAAGGACUGCUGCUCCGCGGAGACAAGAACGUCAACCUGGUCCUGCUCUGUUCAGAGAAGCCCACCAAGACCCUGCUGAGCUGCAUAGUGGAACACCUACCUAAGCAGCUGGUGCUGGUGACCCCAGAGAAGUACGAGGUGAAGGGUUCCAUCGAGGACUGUUCCAUCAUCCUGACGUCUGGAGCCGACCCCAAAAUGACAGUCACUGUCACCUUGACCUCCCCCAGCAUCCGAGAAGAGGAGACUCCUGCCACACCCCCGCCACGGGACGGAGAUGUAACCUGGGGCUUGGUGCGAGACCCAGCGGACGUCUUGGACAGGCAAAAAUGCCUCGCUGCUCUGGCAGCCCUCCGCCACGCUAAGUGGUUCCAGGCUAGGGCCAACGGACUCCAAUCCUGUGUGAUUGUUAUUCGUAUCCUGCGUGACCUCUGUCAGAGGGUCCCCACGUGGUCCGCCUUCCCCAGCUGGGCCAUGGAGCUGCUGGUAGAGAAGGCCAUUAGCAGUGCCUCUGGCCCCCUGAGCCCAGGCGACGCACUGAGACGGGUCUUGGAAUGUAUUUCCUCCGGAGUCCUGCUCCCCGGUGGUCCGGGAUUGGUCGACCCGUGUGAGAAGAACCCCACUGACACCCUGACAACCAUGGAGGAGCAGCACAGAGAGGACAUCACCUCAAGUGCCCAGUUUGCUUUGCGGCUGCUAGCGUUCCGUCAGAUCCACAAGGUGCUGGGAAUGGACCCACUUCCCCAGAUGAACCCUCGCUUCAACGUCCACAACAACCGCAAGCGUCGCCGCGACAUCGACGGGGCGGACGGCUUCGAGGGCGAAGGGAAGAAGGACAAGAAAGAUUUCGACUAGUAGUUACUAGGAUCUGUCCCACCAGUCACCUUUUUUUAUUCAUUUAAAGUAGUCUGUGGACACGUUCCAGGCAGACUACAUUGCAGUCGUCUGCCAGAGCUCACAACACCUGGAUAAGGUGUUUUUAAGAUGUGAGCUAACCGCAUCGUAUGAUAUAACGAUCUUCUGAUGCCAGUUUGCGCAGUCAUACGUGGCACACCGCCAUUGGUUGAUUCCCGUAGCGAGACUGCAAUGUAGUCGGCCUGAAACGCUGCCUAUAUGUACCUUUUUCUUUUUUUACAUUUUCUGUUGUCUCUGAUUAUUAACAAUGGGGUUUGUUUAGAAUCUAAAGACCACAUCGGAUAGGGCCUGGUCCUGUAAGCCAUAUAGACUAGCGCUGCGUUCAUUAGGGCACACGUUUUGCAACGAAAAAAAUUGAAAAUAAGUUCUUAUUCGGACAAUUCCAAAAUAAUGUCAGUCUGUUUUCUUCCAUUUGUUGCCUAAAUAAAUCAGACUCUAUUUUGACUGCAGCUCACUGUAUAGGCUUACCGCAGCACCCAGUUUGUCCACGAUGUUUUGGCUAGCGAUUUGAUAUGACCUGUUGUCGGGACAAACUUCUCCUUCCUAGCUGAUACUACUUGUACCCCCCUCUGCUUCUCCAUGACAACGGGGCUUCCUCAACAUCUACUCCUUUAAGACUUUGCCCCCCCCCCCCACCCCACCCUUUCCAGGUUGAAGUUCUGAAAACGUGAAAAAGACCGAUCUAAUUGUUAAUAAAUCCGGAGGAUUAUAAUACAUGUCAAUGCCUAACAUGCAUGUUAUUUCUAGUUGCUUACAUUCAGUGUUGGUUGUUUAGUGAGAGUUUAAUACCUCAUUGUGAAGCCUAUAAUUCGAUCAGUCGCCAGUAAAUGUUUUAUUUUCCUAUAAACUGUAAUUUUGAAUAUGGUUUCUUUUUUUUAAAGUGGUGUAAAAUCUAUCGUCUUGUCCCCAAUAUGGCCAGACUGCAAUGUGUUCUAAUGUUUAACGCAGGCCCCUUAACUGUGGCUUUGUUAUACUACAUUUUCUGAAAAAAACACUUUCUUAUUGGUUGUUAGUAGUGCAGUUUUUCUCUAAUAUAUGAAAAUAUACCUUUAAUAAUCUUGCAAUGGAUCAAAAAGUGUUUGGUUUGUUGAAGAGUGUGCAUGGCUGUGUUUUCAGAUUAUUAUUAUUUGUUAUCUUAUGGCUUUUAACAUGUUUUGGUUUUACAGAUUAAUUAUAAUGGGAAAUGUAAUGGCUUGCCCCUAAUCUUGGUUUAAUGUUGUAUACAUAUAGUUAAUUUGAAUAAUCUAUAGAAAAUGAAAAACAGUUGAGUAAAAAAAAGUGUAACGUUGAUGUUUAAAUGUAGAGCCACUCUUUGAUGCCUGACUUGUCAGCCUCUCUGUCUCAGUACCUGCUUUACCAUGGGCAGAAUAAAGACAUUUCCUCAA